ACCAUCUUCUCCGCGCCGCUCCGGGCGUCCUUCUCGGACUUCGGAUCAUUCGUCUCGAUCCGAUAACCCGUUAAGCCCUUAUCUAUCUCCAUGGAUCGGGUUCUCUUCUUCUCGUUGUUCCUUUUCUCUCUAACUCUUUAGACCAUCACAAAGAUCGAAGCUUUUCGAUAAAGAUCGAAGCUUUUGGUUGUUUUGAUCCUGGUAAUGGCGGCAGAGGCAGUGGAGGAGGAGAUGAAGAGGUUCUCAGGGAGAACACAUGGAUAUUCUCGUGACCUCUUGCAGAGAUUAGGGAGCACGAGUUGCUAUGAAGAGAAGGAGGAGUUUGUGAGGAGGGAUUCGGAUGAGAUUGAACUCAGUUUAGGGCUUUCUCUGGGUGGGUGUUUCGGUGAAGAGAGGAAGGAGAAGGGGGGGCUGGUGAGAUCUUCGUCGAUUGCGUCGAUGUCGAUGAUGGGGAGGGAGUUGGAGUUCACGGUGGUGAAGGGGAUUGCUAGGGCGAGCUCGUUGCCGGCGGAGACGGAGGAGGAGCUGAGGAAGAGGAAGGAGAUUCAGAGCUUGAAGAGGCUAGAGGCGAAGAGAAAGAGGUUGGAGAGGAUGACCUCGAGAUCGAUGGUGGGGGUGGGGAGGGAUAGGUCGGAGGAGAGUGUAGACGAGGAGUUGGAGAGAUCUGGUGUGGAGCUCGGCGGCAACCUGCCGACGGCGUUGACAAGGUGGCCAGCGAACGGCGCCGGCGGGUUAGGGCCGGUGUCGCAGAGAUCUAUUGGGUCACAGGGGAGUUGCUCCUCCGUCGUCUCCGAGUUGGACACCACGGCGAUGCAAGGUCUGAAUUCAAGGUGUGCUCACAGCAUUAAGCCAAUGCCGGAUGGUACGAAUCGCAAGACAGGCACCGUCCCUGCCACGGUCGGAGGAAAACGGAUCAACUGCAAUAGAGAAGGAGAUGAUCCAAUGCGGAGAAAUGUAAGAACUCGAAAUGGAUUGAGUGAGAUGGAGAAGAGCAUGAUGCAGGAAAUGCCGUGUGUGUCGACCAGAGGAGAUGGUCCUGAUGGAAGAAGGAUCGAAGGCUUCCUUUACAAGUAUCGGAAAGGCGAAGAUGUAAGAAUUGUGUGUAUCUGUCAUGGUAGAUUUUUGACACCGGCUGAGUUCGUUAAGCACGCCGGAGGUGGCGAUGUUGCUCACCCUCUUCGACAUAUUGUUGUUAGUCAAUUUCCAUCUGUCUUCUUGUGAUGUUUUCUGAAAUCAAUGAAGAGGAGGAAGAUGAAGAGGCUUCUUUGUGUGUUUCUUGGCAAAGUAAAGUUCCUCUUUCUCUUCUUUCUUUCUAAAUUUGUUAAGACUUUUUGUUCCCUUCUUUAGUUGAUGAGCUUGCUAAGAAAUUUAAGAUCUUUUCAUCAA